CAUAAACAAGGCCGGGACCGCAAUAAGCCAUCUCCUCACCAGUGGUGAAUUACAAAGAGUUGUGACACAUAGCUUUGACAUUCACAUCAUGUAGCCCUGAAGGUGGACCACUCCUUAAUCCUCCACAAGGGAGGCACAGCCCAACAUGAGAGCAGAGCAUCAGGACCAGAAGGAGAAAAUGUGUGUGUCCAAGUGUAUGCGUGUGUGUGUGUGUGUGUGUGUUACACUUUACUGUGUGGCUCGUGCUUAUGGCAUUAAUGAGCUCUUUGUUAGCAUCUAGAUGUGUGUGUGUGUGUGCACAAGGGUUCUUUGCAGCACAUUAUCUUGCAGUUGUGUGUCUCUACGGGAAGAGCCAUUACCAUGGUAACCCCAAGCAAUGAGUACCUUGUAAAAAGGCUGGGCUUCUUUCUCUCUCUCUCUCUCUCUCUUUUAUCUGCAUUCAGGCCAUUCUGCUUAUUUCACACACAAUAGUCAGCUGGGAAACAGAGAGGAUGGCACAACAUGAGGAUUUCUUAAUGUCUGUUCAACAGCAUGCUUUACAUCCUGCAGUCUGCCAAUGUCCUUUUGGUCUGUUAGAGAAGACUGAGCCUUGUCAUUUUUGCCGCUGUGGGAUAUCUCUCCCCAUUAGAACAUCUUUGUGAUUUUCUAGCAGAGGGAUGUCUUGACAAUAAGAUGUUGCCCCUGCGGCUCUUUUCUGGGAGAAUGGAUUGUUGAUGCUGCUUCUACACUGAAUGAGGCCUCGCUUAUUGAAGAUUAUAGCAGAACAUACACAGUCAGGUAUUAUUGCCAGGGCAGGAAUAAACAGAAAUGUGACUUUUUUUCAUGUCACUUGGACUUUAGACCUGGAUGAAACAUUUCUAACGGAACAUGUAGGUAAAGAUAUUUAUUUUCUUAAACUUGUUAACAGUAGAGGAAAUGAGACAGUCAAAGGUAUGGCAUGUGACAAAAUUAUUUAAUUCUCAGUAAUGGCAAUGGAGACCUUCUGUCCCCCAGUAAGGCAGGAAGAUGAGGGAAAAGACAUAGACUGUUUUCUGCCAGUCUCCUGCUGUCCGGCUUGUAACCAGGAAUACAACGUUGCCCUGAUCCUGCCGUGCUCUCACAUCAUGUGUGGUCACUGCAUAGCAGCUGGAGAGAGGACAAGCUCUGAUCAGUCUCUUCUCCGCUCUGUCGGCCUAUCUGUCUGCUCUGUGCUGUGCCCCUGCUGUCGACAUCCUGUGGAGCUGCCGUGCUGGACGUGGUCAUCUGCCACUUCCUGUCUGCCAAAGCAUCCCACACUGAGUCCUGUGCAUGUCAGCAGGGAGAGAGGCACCAAGAAGGGAGCAUCCGAGGAUCACCAUCAGCAUGUGCAGGGGGAUACAUCCUGCAGGGCUGCAGCUAAAGAGAGAGCACAGAGCUGUUUACAGGGCUCUGAUGCAGCCAUUUCCCCAAUAACACCAGUAGAUGGCGUUGUAGACCUGCGAGAGGAGGAGAUGGAGCAGUCUGUCUUUGGACUGAGUUUUGCUCUGGAUCCCUCCAGUGUACCUCCAUCCCUCCAUCUUUCUAACAGCUCCCUCACUGUCACCUACCAAGGCCGUCCUACCCUAUCUCUAGACAACAAGGUCAGACGGUCAACAAUGACGUCUGACCCCGGGGUCCUGUUGGCUCUUCCGCAGGUCUGCGCUGAUGUUGUCAUUACACAGGGACAGUAUUACUGGGAGGUGGACGUCUGCAACAGCUACAUGUACAGGAUCGGUGUGGUCUCUUUGGAUGGUUGUGCUGGUUGGUGGCUGGAGAGGCAGGGCUUGUCUUUUUGUGCAGUGUAUGAUGGGAGCUGUGAGCCGCUCUGCACUGUCCCGCCCCAGAUAAAAAGCCUCGGGGUUUUUCUCAACAUUGGAGGGGGUUCUCUGAGCUUCCACAACCCUCUGACCCAGGAGCACCUAGCCACACUGCCUACCUGCUUUGGCACUGCUGGAGUCCUCCCAGCUCUGGGCUUGGGGCAGGGCCGGCUGAGGCUGCGCUGCAGCCUGCCUCCUCCUCCCCACGUCUUCCUUAGCAAGGAUUCAACCUACAAAGAGCCUCGCGGGGCUGGAGGUCGGUGGCACAGAGAGAUUCGCUUCCAGUCUGUGAGGAAAGUGAUACAGAAGUUUGAGGAGCUGGCUGUGUCGGACUCAGACUCGGGCCUGGUGUCCAGUUUUGGAUCGUCCUGCUCCACCUUAGCGUCCCUUCCAGAUCUAGGGAUUCCUGGGAUGUUUCCCUCUGGGCACACAGGACAGGAAACAGGAGCUGAAUAAGAAGAACUUCUGAAACUCCCUUUUCAAUAGGAGCAUUAAAAACACACCCACAGCUCCUCUGAGUGGUUUGAUCUCUAGUUGUCAUUUGAAAGGCUAAUUUUUCAUCUUGAAGGACUUUUGGUUGCCUCUUUCCACUCUCUGCGUGACCCCGGACCUGCAAUUGACUCUCUCCGCAGGACACAGGCCUUUCUCUCAACCAAACAACCCCCGCUGGUUUGGGCUUGGGCCAGAAAGAGCCUUCUGUAAUGUGAAGUGUGAGGAAAUGGUGGGCUUUUAGCAGCGGGACUCCUUGAUUUGUCUCUGUGUGACGGUUGUCAGACAGUAGGGGUCCUGCAGUAGAGGCGUGCACGUUCCUGUAUGUGUGUAUGUGGCUGCAAGCACUGCCUUGAACGUGUGCAUUUGCUCAGUCACUCUUACAUUCCGGCGUGUGUGAGCAAGAGGGAACAAUGUACAAGCAGCAGGGGGUGAGAUGACGAGGUGUGAGUACAGUGACGCCAGCGGUGUUGACACUGAGCAGCAAGGACAGGUGGUAACAUACGUUUAUCCCGCGGCCUGCCUUCGAUAGGACAGUAGGGCUGCCCUUUUCUGACCCUUUGAAAACCACAGGACUCCCAGAGACUUCAAAAGAACAACAGAGAGUGGGAGAACAGAGAGGGAGUAAGAGAAAACAGCACGCAUGAAUUAAAGACAGCAGGUGAUGAACUGGUAAAAAAAAAAGAAAAAAGAAAUGAGCUGAGAGCGGGAUUCCCAGCAGCUUUCAUCACAAGAAGCCCUGAAUAGAUCAACUGGCUCAGGACCAUCUGAGAAUAAGUUUUAAGGUAGAACUGAGUUGCAGAAGUCAACACAUUAGAGGUGGUGACAUUACAGCACAGUGAUAAAGAAGCAUUAUUUGUCUUGGCACAUGAAAUAAUGAUGGCACUGUUAUCAGUCAACCACGUCAUUUUAUUGGUGAGAUGUUGAUUUUAAAGUGGAUACUAACUAAGACCUUCUUGUGUCUCUUCAUUCGCUUUUAGCUCCACACACCCAUGUUUUUGCAAGUUCAGAUUCAAUUUGCUAAAUUCUGGCAAAGAAACUAGUGAGAACAUAAACUUCUCCUAAUUUUCUCCUCAAUCCUCAGGGCUCCAAGCCUCAUUUGUUGAACCACUGGUGCCGAGGACUAUUUCUACUUGGCACUGUUCACAUCCAUUCUGCCUGGGACCACUUGACUUAUGAUUAAAUAAUGUAGAGCGUAUUGAAGAAAUCCCUCCUGUCCUCUCCAGUCUUUUCACUGCCUAUGUUUGCCUCUUUGGAAGAUGCAGUCUUAAAGCAUUUCGUCAGACCACCCAAACUGUAAAUCUCACUGUAAGGAGGAAUAACAUCCUUGCAAUUAAAACAAGCAUCAAUCAGAGGUAGCACCACAGACGCGCUGCUGAGGACGACGGGCAGUGGACUUGUGCUUAUUUUUCCCAUUUCAUACAUGCACGAAAUCAGUUAAGCAGACUCGGUAACAACCGAUGAGUCAAAGAGAAGCUUGUCAGACUGUCGCCUCUCGGAACACUCAUCAGGAUGACUGUGUGUUGAUGUUUAACGGUCGGGGUAUUUACCGCGCAAGUAAAAAAUGCGUGUGCCGUGACCGCUUUUGGCGCAGAUUUCUCUGCAGAUCCAUCGGCGUUUACGAACAAAGUGUGUGGAAGCAAUUUGACUCUUGUAAACAGAAAUGAGAGCGGCGCGAUGCAGAUUUCAAAGGGCAGAAAAGGGAGGGGGCGGGCGGUCUGACAGGAAGGAUGGAUAAGACUUGAAACGCGUUGUGCCAUGUGUGCGUAUUUGGCAGCGUCUAUAUCUGGCUUUCUGAGCAUGAACUUUACGACAAGAUUCAGUGGUUGAAUGUUACUAAGUAGAAUUACUCAAGUACUGUACUUAAAUACAAUUUCUAGGCUACUUGGGUAUUUCCAUUUUAUGUUUCUUCAUGAUAUUUAUUCAUAUCACGUGUUCUCCUGUUUAAUGUGUUUAUUCAACUUUAGCUUGUUUUUGUUCCUUUAUUUCAGUCUUUUAAAUCCUGUUUAUAUGCGCUUUUAUAUUCUCUCAUCAGUCUUAUCUGGUCUCAGUGUCCUUUAUGUCUGAUGGAAAGCACUUUGAAUUACCUUGUUGUUGAAAUGUGCUCUACAAAUAAACUUGCCUUGCCUUUAAAC